ACCACUCGACAUCCAUCGCAGAGAAAAUACUAACCUAAUUGUCCCGGGCUGUGGGAUAUAUAACAUGGUAGAAAUACUGUCUUGCUGGUGGAAUUGGCCUAGUCAACGAUACUGAUGGCUUCCUCGACGCAAGACCUCAUCCCGCAUCUUCAACUCGCGAACACGUUUGGGGCACUGUUUAUUGGGGUUAUCCUUGCAGCAGUUCUCUUUGGUGUCACCAUUGUUCAAGUUUUCAUCUACUUUCAGACGCAUAGCGGUACAGGGAUAACAUUCUACAAGCUGGUCGUAAUAUGGCUUUGGAUACUUGAUGCCCUGCAUCUGGUUCUGAUCGUCUACUGUGUCUAUUUUUAUUUAGUGAUCAACUAUGGGAAUAUUGGUGCGCUCACAGAAAUCGUAUGGAGUUCCAAACUUCAACCAGUGGUCGCCGUUCUCAGCAUCUUUGUAGAACAUCUUCUAUAUGUUCAUCGCAUAUGGAUAGUUAGCAAGGGCCGAUCAAAAGUUCUGCCGAUCACAGUGGGCGUUGUCGUCGCCCUAACUUUGGGUGAGUCUUGUCACCUGGUAAUGCUCUUCGCACGAUCUCUGAGGGUCCUUUUAGGUCUUGCCAUCACCAUUACUUGGUAUAUAUAUCAGGAAGUCCAUGUAGUCACCGACUGGGUCAAAACCGAGCCGGCAUUUUACAUGUAUUUUGGCACUGUUGCCUUUGCCGAUAUCCUUAUUGCAUCAUCGCUAUGUUAUCUCCUCGCUACAUCCCGUACCGGGUUCUCGAGAAUGGACUUGUUCAUAACAAAGCUCAUGAGUUAUGUCAUCAAUACAGGCUGUUUGACGAGCAUGUGUUCAAUUACGCAGUGAUGCCGAAGAACUAUGUAUUCGAAGCUGUCGAAUUUU